AGGGUGCGCCGAGCUUCGUAAAUCGAAAAAAAAAAUAUGGGGAGAAAGUUAAGAUGUUAUUAAUACGAUUUUUAUAUUGUAACUAAUUACAAAAUGACUCAGUCCAUUGUCGUGCAAGUUGGUCAGUGUGGAAAUCAAGUUGGAUGUAGAUUUUGGGACCUUGCAUUAAGAGAAUAUGCACAUGUAAAAGCUAAUAAAGUUCCCUUCAUUGAAAAUUCAGUACAGAGCUUUUUUCGCUUAAGUGAUGAAUCUUCUGAUGCGGAAGAAAAUACAUUAGAUUCUCAGCAAUCAUUAAAAGCAAGAGCAGUAUUAAUUGAUAUGGAAGAAGGAGUUAUCAAAGAAUUGUUGAAAAGUCCUUUAAAACAUAUAUUUGAUAAUAAACAACUUAUUACCGACGUAUCGGGAUCUGGAAAUAAUUGGGCUGUUGGUCAUAAAGAAUACGGGAGUCAAUACGAAGAAAAAAUUUCCGAGUUAAUACGAAGAGAAGCAGAAAAAUGUGAUUGCUUACAAUGCUUUUUUCUUUUACAUUCCAUGGGAGGAGGUACAGGCUCGGGUCUAGGAACAAAAAUAUUACAUAUAUUAGCUGACGAUUUUCCUGAUGUUCAUAGGUUUGUAAGUACAAUAUUUCCAUCUACAGAUGAUGAUGUUAUAACAUCUCCAUACAAUACUUUAUUAGCAGUUCAUCAAUUAACAGAGUAUGCUGAUUGUGUUCUUCCAAUAGAAAAUGAAGCCUUAAUUGAUAUAUGUAAUCAAGUUAGCAAAGCAAUACCUCAGAAGAAAACCAGAAUAGAAAAAUCUACUGGUUUAAGUAUACAACCGGAAAGUGUUAUUACAUCAUCAGUUGGAACUACCACAAGAAGAAAUAAACAAAUAUUUGAUCACAUGAAUAAUAUAGUGGCAAAUCUCUUAUUAAAUCUAACAAGUUCUUCAAGAUUUUCAGGUAGUCUUAAUGUCGAUUUACAAGAAAUAGUCAUGAAUCUAAUACCAUAUCCUCGAAUGCAUUAUCUUGUAUCUAGUCUUACACCUUUAUAUGCAUUAAUUGAUGCGAAUAUUCCAAGUCGAAGAUUGGAUCAAAUGUUUACUGAAGCUUUCUCUCAGCAUCAUCAUUUGUUGAAAACAGACCCUCGUAGUGGCGUUUAUUUGACAUGUGCACUUCUAGUUAGAGGACAAGUGCAAAUAUCAGAUAUCCGAAGAAAUAUUGAUAGACUGGAGAAUGGAUUGGUAUUUGUGCCAUGGAAUAAUGACCGAUGGAAAACGGGCUUAUGUUCAGUUCCUCCUGUUGGUCAUCCCUAUUCUCUUCUGACCUUAUCAAACAAUACAUGUAUUAAUUCUUCUUUUAUUAAUGUAAAAAAGAGGUUUAUGCAGAUGUACAGAAAAAAGGCCCAUCUUCAUCAUUUCUUGCAAGUCGACGGGAUGGGAGUAGAUGACUUUCAGGAAGCAAUCCUGAGUGUGACAAAUCUGAUCAGCGAAUACAAAGCAGUCGAAGAUCUGGUUUAUGAAAAUCCGCCACCGCCGCCGAGACUAAAAGUAUUAGUAUGAUUUUCUUUCGGGAAGAAGCAUACUUGUCCAAACACAUAUUGAACAGGGUAAAUUGUGUUUGUGAAAACACACUAUUUUUUUUAGUACAAUUAGUUUAAAUGCCAUAAAUGUUCUUUAAGUAACAAAGAAUAUGACAAUGUACCAAAAAGUUAGAUUUUAUUUUUAUUUUAGUCAGUCAUUCGCAAAGUGGACUGAAUAAUAAGAAAUUGGUCUAUUAUUAUUAUAUUGAUAUUAUACAGAUUGCAGUCGAAGAAGUUAAUUGCAUAUCAAACAAACACAAAAUUGCAUCUGUUGUAUACUAUAACUAUAUUGUAUUUAUACACAAAAACUUCAGCUAUCCUCUAAAAGGGAGGAAAGUAACAUUUUGAAAUUAGAAACUAAUAAUAUAUGCAGAUAAGUAGAUUUUAGUAUUUUUUAAACAUUUUUUCCUAUCAAGCUACAAUUGUUAUUUUAAAUCACGUUUGAUAUUUGGACCAAAAAGUCUCCGUAAACGAAAACUAAUUGUCAUAUCGACCUAUUAAAGUUCCAGGUUUCGAAUGAUAUUAGAGUAAAACUUGCUCUCUGUGUAUUGCACAGAGAGAAAAUGCCAUCAGUUCGGCAUUUCGAUUAAUGUGUUCUUUAUCAAUUUGACAAUCUUCUUAAACAAAGAAAGGAUAUUACUGUUCGUUAUUGUGUAAAGUGAUAAAUUGUUACGUUGACAAUACUCAAUUUGUUUUGUAAAUGAUUUUUUAAGUUAUGCUCGUUAUUAUAUACAUAUAUGUUUAUGGUUAUGUGAAAGUGGAUUGAAAUCCAUGUUGAAAUUUUAUGUUGAUGUUGCAUAAUGUUGUUUAAUUUACACAUACAAAAUGUUUAUUUAUUUAUUGUUCCAAUUCUCAAGUGAUCUUUGCCAAAUCAAGCAGCUCUCUUAAAUGUAAUAAUGCGCUUUAUUGCAUAUAUAGAAAUAAAUGAAAUUAAAAUAAUUAAAUAAGCAGUUCAGAAUUAUUUGUUGAAACAAUUGUAACACACAUUUUACAUUUUAAUUAAUAUAGUAGUUUAACAAAAUAUAUAAAACUAAUAUUGUCGACAUAGUAUUGCUUAAAUUGCAAUUCAAAAUGCCAGGAUCAACCUGCUAAGGGCAGUCAGGGAAUGAGCCUUAAUUUGUUACUUAGGAUUAUUGUAGCAGAAAAUGAUAUUAAAACCUGGCUAACCAUCAUAUCAAUCUUUUUGCUACAAUAGUCUUAAAAAUGAAUAAAUUUCUCUUAAAAAUAAUUAAUGUAUUAACUUGUAUAUGUGCAGUUGUAAUGGAAAAGUGGCAAGCUCAAAAUGUUGUCGUUUUUUUCAUGUUGCAAAAGUAGAGUGAGGUCCAAACUUUUGCAGCUUGUUAAUAGAGACCUUUUCUACAACCAAUUGCAGCUCAUCUUGGUAAUUAUGUUUAUUGUGCAAGUACACACAGAAAGUGUGCAACACAUGUAUUUAUUUAAUGGCAGGUUUGAAUACUACUUUCAAUACACAGAAAGGUUUCUGAAUAAGGAUCAUUAUAUUAGAAGAAAUUUAUUUUAAUAAGGGUUUAAAAUUACAAUAUAGGUUUAGUGAGAGAGAGAGAGAGAUAAAUAUAAGCAUAAGAAAAUCUUAUAUGGAAAUAUAUUUUGAGAAAAAUCAAUUGUAAAUGUUUAUCAUGCACUUUUUCUUUUGUUAACAUCUCGGUAAGUAAAACAAAAUACAUAAGGUAAAAGUCAUGUUUGCAUCUCUCACAUUCUUUGUCCAGAAUGCCAAGUGCAUGCACUGAGAGAAAAACUGCUUUCUGCUCGUCACUCACACACAUGGCUACAGCAUCUUGUGGCAAAGAUGCGUUUUGCAAUGCCACUUUUUACUUCUGCACCACAUGUGCAUCCAUCUCUAGGUAAAACAUUCUUAAAAAGAUUUUUAUUUUUCUUUGGAAGUUUUACAACAGUUUCCAGUAAUAUGACAAAUUUCUCUCUCAAAUUUUAGACUCUUCACAUUAAUGCAAAGCAGUUAUCUUCUUAAAUUUUAAAAAUCUCCUCCAGAAAAAUUGUAUGAAUUCAGACUAUUACUUGCAUUAAAAUGAUCAGACACUGCUUUUUCAUAGAAAACACAACCAUUCAAAAGGAUAUUCUCUAAGAUGUCUAAGUUUAGUCUUUGUUAGAUGGUUUUGAAUAAAAGAAAAACUAAUUAAAAUUGCUUGUAAAACAACACUUGUUUAUAUAAAUGAUGAAUGCAGUGUUUUUUAAACUCUGGAAACUAUGAAACAAUAUACACCAGGGAUGGCCAACACGUAGACCGCGGUCGACCGUAAAGGUUUUGAAAGUAGCCCGUGAAGCUAAAGUUGAACAAUUUGCUUUCGCUUAAAUUAAUGUUUAAAAAUCUUAAUUCGAUAAUUUAUUCUUACAAUAAUAGACUAUCUGUGCAAUGUACUGUAGCCAUACUGUUUGUAUUUAUCCUGAUGAACAAUGCAAAUGAAUGUUAACGCAUGCGCAUAUAAAAAUCCUAAAAUUGUUUGCCCAUAUUCAUAGUCGUCCACAGACUAUAUUUUACCAAAAAAGUAGCCCCUAAGGGAUAAAAGUUUGGCCACACCUGAUAUACACUAUAAGUGGAGUCAAUACGGCAAUCCAUGUUUCAGAUAGUUAACUGUUCUGCAUAUAUUGAGCUUCUUUAGUGCAUAAGUGGAAUCAAUCCUUAAUGAAAAACUCAUUUGUGUGACUCAGCACAUUUCAGUAAACUUAAAAAAGCUCAUUCAAACUAGGCUGAUCUACAGUAUAAAAAUGAUCAAUUUAAAAUAUAAAUAAAAAAUUAAAUAAAAUAUUGAUUAUGAAUAAUCAAUUAAAUUAUAAAAAAUAAGACAUUUUGACACAGAACUUUUCCACAUCCUUCACUGGUUUGGAUGGAUGGGUAAAGAUGAUACCUAAUAAAUUUGGGAAAAAUCCAGCUAUGGAAAUUUCAACUUGAAUCCAAGUCUUGAAAGCAGUUGGUGUCUUUGCCACCUGAAUAGAGGGUGAAUGACCUGUCUAUUCAUUACAGAUAAAUAUUUUUUGACUAAAGAGAAUUUCAACUUAUAUCUUUGAUUCUUGACAAAAUUAAAUACACAGAAUUCAUUAGAAUGUAUUUAUAAUAAAAAUAUUAUCAUCAAUUUUAUAGAAUUCCCGAAAACAUUCAAGAACAAUUGCUUGGUUAUCGGCGAUUUAGACAAUUUGAUUACAUCUCCGAUUUGGUUUGAAAAUCAAUCCAUUACUAUUUAUAACCCUUUUGUGAUAUUCUAAAAUGAAGAACGAUCUAAAACAAUUUUAAAAUAAUUUACAAAAUAAAUUCAACAACAAAAAACUUAUUUUAAUGAAAUAUUCAAACCACAAUAUUGUUAUAAUAUGCAACAAGUUACAAAAAGAAUCUAAUUAAUGACAUUAAUAUUAUCGAGAA